UCUACCGGAAGUACACGGCAGUCAUGUUUUGUAAAUAAACUGUUAGGCUUUUACGUUCAUUUGUAGUCUUAUGGCAUUAGGUCUAGAAAUGGUACGACUGUAGUUUGUACGUAGUUGUUUAGGUGCUCGAUGAAUCUGGUAAAGCAUUCGUUUAGGAGUUUUUAUUUGUCGAUAUAAACUUCAGUUAGGCACACCACUCUAUUGGAAUUCAUUUAACCUCCAUAAUGUGGGAUGUUGAGAUCAGGGGGAUGGCAUCGGCUCAUGCCAUUAUUGCCUCUUCCAUCUUCAUGGCAACUGUGAUGCCUGCUGUAUUUGUGGAAAACUUCUCUGUUUAUGGGACCCACAUGGUUUGGCUGUACUGUGUGGCUGGAUCUGUUGCUGUGGUCAACAUCGCAGUCUUUUGGCUUCUUGGCAUCAGCCCACCAACAAAGAAGCACACGUUGAGCUACAAGAUCAACAGAUUGCUCAGAUCCUGUUUGUACUUUUUACUGUCAUGCCUGUUUUUUCACACUGUUGUGGUGCUAUAUGGUGCACCUUUGCUUGAGUCUGCUCUGGAGACAUUUUCUCUGGCCGUGCUUCUGUCCACGCUCACUACAUUGAGAUGUCUUUGUAUCCUGGGACCUAACGUACAAGCAUGGAUCCGGGUUUUCAGUAGAGAUGGGGCGAUGUCAGUGUGGGACACCUCUCUUCAGAUUACCACUGGCUGUAGUGUGAUUGGAGCCUGGUUGGGAGCUUUCCCUAUUCCUCUCGACUGGGACAGACCCUGGCAGGUUUGGCCCAUCUCCUGUACCCUCGGGGCAACUACUGGAUUUCUGACCGGCCUCCUCGCCGCUCCCGUCUGGAUCCACUGGCAUCGCAAACAGCUCACCUACAAGCUCAAGUGAGGAAAGAAUGACACAAUCACAGGCCACAAGGAACUGAGAUAAAGAGAUCCAGGCUGGAGUCAAAAAAAAAAAAAAAAACGGCUGUCCAUCCCAGUACGUGCUCCAAGGACUCUGAGGUCACAUUUACAACACAAAAAAAAUCUGUUGUUUCUGUGUUUGUUUUUUGUAGGAUAGAUAUUUAAUUUGUCGUACGCUCCUAAUGGCAGUAUAUUUAUUCGAUCAUUCCUCUAGCUGUUCCUGUAAAUGAAGCUUGAGACAUUUUGUAAAAAGCAACAGUUUUGCAACCCAAAUUGAGAUGCGGAGUUUCCCUUUUUGAAGUUAAAUAAAGUCUUACUUCUGUAAAUGAA